AUGGCCUUCGUUCAUCACGAGUCUCGCGAGUGUACUAAAUCAGAGCUGGAUCUUUUUACUAUUCCUGCUACACAAACCUCUAUUCACAAAGGGCAAUGGAUUGAAUAUCAUCCUCUCAGCAACAUCACGGACACUGGUCCUAUUGAAUUUAACGUAUCUGGAACCGGAGAAGAAUAUUUAGAUUUAGCGCGGACACAACUUUAUGUGAAAGCUAAGAUCACGAAAGCAAACGGAACCGCGUUAGAUGCCGAUACACAAGUGGGUCCCGUGAACCUGUUUCUACAUUCCCUGUUUUCACAAGUAGACGUUUCGUUGAAUGAGCGAUUGAUCUCUCCAUCCACUAAUACUUACCCUUAUCGCGCCAUGCUCGAGUCUUUGCUGAACUACGGAGAAGAAGCUAAAACAAGUCAACUUUCUAUGGCCAUGUUUUACAAAGAUACUGCUGGAAAGAUGAAUGUAGUGAACCCCUUGGCUGCAGAAGAUGAAGCAAACCUUGGAUUAAAGGCUCGCUAUGAGUUUACCAAAGAGAGUCAUACGGUGGAUAUGAUGGGACCCAUUCACAGUGAUAUAUUCUUUCAAGAUCGGUUGAUGCUCAAUGGAGUGAAUUUAAGAAUCAAACUGAACCGAGCCAAGAAUGUGUUUUGUCUUGUGUCCUCAGCAGCCGCAGCUAAUUUCAAAGUGGUUAUCACAGAAGCCAUCUUGUUUGUACGCAGAGUCAAGGUUGCCUCCUCUAUCAUUCUAGGCCAUGCAGCUGGGCUAAAACACUCCAGCGCCAAGUACCCCAUUCGCAGAAUCGACUGUAAAGUACUCUCUAUUCCAAGAGGAUUUAGCGGUUUUAACCCUGACAACAUCUUUUUGGGUCAAAUUCCCAAGCGCAUAGUAUUGGGAUUAGUGGACACAGAGGCUUACAAUGGGAGUUACCGUACCAACCCCUUCAACUUCAAUCACCACAAUUUAACUUAA